AUGAGCAAGCACAAACUUGACGAUGAGGCCGCUCAACUGGCCAAGCAGGAGCGGAAGAGAAGGAAGAGAGACCGCAAGGAAGUCCUUCGGCUGCAAGAUAUCACACCCUCUUCGACAGAGGCCACAGCCCACUCGACUCCGGUACCCGAGGAUAAGGAUGCCAACAUCGCCAAUGUCGACAAUGAUGCCGUCAGCAAGCCUGUCUCAGCUAUGGGAACCCUCCGGCAAGCCGAAGUCGACAACUUUUUGAAAACACAAUCUGUGCAGAUCUUCGAUCCACAGAAUACAGACGUACAACCUAUCCUCGCCUUCUCGCACCUUCCCGAAGAGUUGGGAUCCCAAUUCUCGGACGUCUUCUCCUCCUUUCAAAAGCCCUCGUCCAUCCAGUCCGCCGCCUGGCCCUUUCUAUUGUCCGGUCGAGAUGUGGUUGGUGUGGCGGAAACAGGUAGCGGGAAAACACUAGCCUUCGGACUACCUCUUGUUGUCCGUCUCACAUCCCACGAGAAGAAGAAGGGAAUCAGAGCGGUCAUUGUGGCGCCCACACGGGAACUUGCGAUCCAAGUGUUUGAACAAUUGGACAAGCUCAGCAAAACAACUCAAAAGCUGAAGGCGGCAUGUAUAUACGGAGGGACCAACAAGGAUGAACAGCGCCGCAGUCUGCAAGGGGCAAACAUCAUCGUUGCAACCCCGGGUCGAUUGAAGGACUUCAUGUCCGACGGUACGGUCGAUGUGUCCAAGACGCGGUAUCUGGUCCUUGACGAAGCAGACCGUAUGCUCGACAAGGGCUUUGAAGACGACAUCAAACAGAUCAUUUCCCAGAUGCCGUCCUCGAAGAAGCGACAGACGGCAAUGUUUACCGCCACCUGGCCGAAAUCGAUCCGCGAGCUGGCCGCAACCUUCAUGCAGCAACCCGUUAAAAUCACCAUCGGGCGUGAGGACACCGAUGACUCGGGAGAAUUGAGAGCCAACGCGCGGAUCGUGCAGAAAGUAGAAGUCAUUGACGGCUCUGAAAAGCAGCAGCGCCUUUUGCAGUUGUUGAAGCAGCACACUGCAGGCCAAAAGCGCCAGGACCGCAUACUGGUAUUCUGCCUUUACAAAAAGGAGGCCCUCCGAAUCGAGAACUUCAUCCGCUCGCGCGGGUUCAAUGUCGCAGGAAUCCACGGUGACAUGUCGCAGUCUGCGCGCAUCAACAGCUUGGAAUCAUUCAAGUCUGGCGCCACGACCCUCCUCGUGGCCACCGACGUGGCAGCACGGGGUCUGGACAUCCCCGAGGUAAAAUUGGUCAUCAAUGUAACAUUCCCCUUGACUGCAGAAGACUAUGUUCACCGCAUUGGUCGCACGGGCCGCGCCGGCAAGGACGGUCUUGCAAUCACUUUCUUCACCGAACAGGAUAAGGGCCUGGCAGGCUCGCUGAUCAAUGUCUUGAAAGCUGCAAAGCAGGACGUCCCCGAAAAUCUAUUGAGGUUCGGCACCACGGUGAAGAAGAAGGUCCAUAGUGAGUACGGUGCCUUUUAUCGGGAGGCAGAGGAAGGAGAGAAGACCACCUCGACGAAAAUCACGUUUGACGAUUGA